AUGCCGCCUCCACCACAUAUCCGGCCUGAGAAUGUUCUCAGGCGAGCUGAAGAGCUCAUCGCUGUUGGCCAGCAGCAGGCUGCGCUGACGGUUCUCCACGAACAAGUUGCCUCCAAACGAUCACGCAAUAGUCCCAUUGCAAGUCUCGAGCCGGUUAUGAUUCUCUUCGUCGAAUUAUGUGUGGAUCUACGAAAAGGAAAAUCUGCAAAGGAUGGCCUUUAUCAAUAUAAGAACAUUGCGCAAAAUAGCAAUGUUGGCACCAUUGAGAUGGUUUUGAAAAAGUUUAUUGAAUUAGCGGAGCAAAAAGUUACAGAAGCCCAGGCUAAAGCUGAUGAGAUCCAAUCGUCCCUCGAAUCUGCUGCGCCGUCAACAAACAUCGAAGAUCUUGAUGCUAUCGAGACGCCUGAGACUAUUCUUCUAGCAACCGUUUCUGGUGAGCAAUCUCGUGAUAGAACCGAUCGAGCCAUUGUUACACCAUGGUUGAAAUUCUUGUGGGAGACAUACCGCACUGUUCUUGAGAUCUUGAAGAACAAUGCACGUCUGGAGGUUAUGUAUCAAGCAACUGCCCUCCAAGCUUUCCAAUUUUGCUUGAAGUACACUCGCAAGACUGAGUUCCGUCGUCUGUGUGAGCUGCUCCGCAACCAUGUUCAGAACGCAGCAAAAUACUCCAGCCAGAUGCACGCCAUCAACCUGAGUGACCCAGAAACUCUGCAGCGCCAUUUAGAUACCCGUUUUCAACAACUGAACGUCGCUGUUGAAUUAGAAUUGUGGCAAGAGGGUUUCCGCAGCGUUGAAGAUAUCCACACUCUUCUCAACCUCAGCAAAAGACCAGCCAAGAAUAUCAUGAUGGCCAAUUAUUAUGAAAAACUCACUCGGAUCUUCUUGGUCAGCGAAAACUACCUCUUUCACGCUGCAGCUUGGAGCCGUUACUAUAAUCUCCUACGCCAAUCUUCCGGUGCAGGACCAGGUUCAAAGAAGGACAACCUGGUUGUUUCCGAAGCUGAGAUGACCAAGACCGCUUCUUUUGUUCUUCUCUCAGCGUUGUCGAUUCCAGUCAUUAGCACUUCGCGCUCUCGCGGAGCGCUCGUUGAUGUUGAUGAAGUGCGGAAGAACAAAAAUACCCGUUUGACCAAUCUUCUUGGCAUGCCUCAAGCUCCAACUCGGGCAGGUCUUUUCAAAGAUGCUUUGAAUAAGGGAUUACUUACUCGCUGCCGCCCAGAAAUCCGGGACUUGUACAACAUCCUGGAAGUCGAUUUCCACCCACUGUCUAUUUGCAAAAAAAUCUCCCCCAUCCUCAUUCAAAUUGGCGCCGACCCCGAAAUGGAAAAAUACGUACUUCCCCUUCAACAAGUCAUCCUCACAAGACUUUUCCAACAACUCUCCCAGGUAUACGAAUCUGUUGAAGUUAAAUUUGUCCAUGAGCUUGCCCAAUUCCCAGAACCAUUCCAGGUUACCACUUCAAUGAUCGAGAAAUUCAUCAUGAAUGGCUGCAAGAAAGGUGAUUUGGCUAUUCGUGUUGAUCAUAUUUCCGGCGUCCUUACUUUUGAUUCCGAUAUUUUCUCCUCUGCCAAGGCUAUGCAUCCUGGCAGUGCUGCUGGAUCCGCUGAAAGUGAAGUGGGAUCCGUUCAAAGACUCCAAAGCACACCCGCUGAAAUCGCCAGGUCUCAACUUACGCGUUUAGCCAAAACUCUUCACCUCACCUGCAUGUAUGUCGACCCAUCAUAUAACCAAGCUCGCAUCCAAGCCAAGCAAAUUGCUUUCGCCAAGGCCAAGGCUGGUGCCGCGAAGGAACACGAGGAUACUCUGUCUCGUAGAAUUAUUAUUGAGAAAAAGAAGGAAGCAGCAUUAGAAUCACUCCAGAGGAAACAGCAAGAGGAGGAGAGACAGAAGCGUAUUCGUACACAGCAACUCCAAGAAGCCGAGAAACGCAGAUUGCAUGAUGAACACCUUGAGCGUGAGCGCAAACGGAUGAAGGACGAGAAAGACCGUAUUCGGCAAGAAGAGUUGAAGAAACAACUUGAGGAGCUUAAGACCGGAGUCAAGGGCAUCGAUGUUAGUGAGAUCAACUUGGACGAAUUGGAUAGCAACAGCCUUCGACACAUCAAGUUGGCUCAACUUGAGAAGGAGAAAAAUGAGCUGAACGACCGCGUCCGAAUAACAGCCAAGCGUAUUGACCACCUGGAGCGAGCGUAUCGUCGGGAGGAGCUUAAGCACCUGCCUGCGGACUACGAAGCACAAAGGAAGCUUGAUCUCGAGGUUUAUGAGAAGAACAAAGCGGAUACCCUAGCCGCUGCCAAGCUGAAGCAUAAGGAAGAUGUUGCCCUCAAGCAUCGUCUAGGUCGUCUAGUACCAUAUUUCAAUGAUUUCAGAAAGAACCUUCAAGAGAAACGACAUGUGGAAUUUGAAAAGAAUCGUAAGGCUGCAGAGAGGGAAUUCGAGAAUAAGAAGAGACAGCGGAUCAAGGAAGUUCAGGAACGUUUGCGGCGCGAGCGUAUGGAACGGGAAGAGGAGGAGAGACGCCAACGGGAGGAGCAGGAGCGUAUCGAACGAGAGGAGCAAGAGAAGGCUGCUCGGGAUGCGGAACGGCGCCGUCAACUUGCUGCGGAAAAGGCCGCAAGAGAGGAAGAGCGAAGAAUACUCGAUGAGAAAGCCGCGAUUCAGAAGAAGCGAGAAGAGGAAGCCGAGGCCAAACUCAAGGCUCGCAAAGCUGGUGCUGUUCCCGUUCGCAUGGAACGCACUGAAUCUACGGAGCGCACUGCUCCCAGGCUUAACCUCGUCGGGCGUGCCGGCCCUACCUGGAGAGAGCGUCAGGCUGCAAAGGAGGCGGAGGCCGCGGCCGGCUCUGCAAUUCCCCCAACUGAGGGAGCAGCACCCGCUGCCAAGGAAGAGCUUCCACCUCCCCGGACAACAGGCGGAUAUGUUCCUCCACAGCGACGGGCCGUUGCUGGCCGGGAUAUUUCUGCCAACGGUGAACGCAUGCCUCAACGGUUUAACCGGGAAACUGUUCCUCCUCCCAAAUCACUCUCCAGAAGCCCAGCACCGUCCUCACCUGCGCCUGAGACUCGCGAGGGUUCUAACCCACCCCCUAGCGGAAUGCAGGCAUGGAGGCCCAAGUUCAAACAGCAACAACAACAACAGUAG